AGAACUGCAAGAAAAAAAUUCAGUAGAAUAAAACUCAAAAGAAGCCAACACACCAUGCCACCAAACUCUUAUCAGACUUCAAAAGAACGUCAAAAGUAAGCCAGGCGAAGCUUAUUGGGCGGUGAGUUCUGAGCGAUUGUGACGUCACCCUUAGCAACAGCCCCGGAGGCUCGCGUCCUAGCAACGGUCCCGCCCCCUUCCAUUCAUACAUUUUCUUUGCUUCCCCAGGAGUUCUUUUCCUUUCCUUCUCUCCCUUGACUUGGAGGAAACCAGUCCCUUAGCUUUGCAUUGAUGGGGAAGGAAAGUGGCUGGCAGGGAAAUGGGGCAAGCAUUUUUUUUAAGUUUUGAAGUCAAGUGAACAAAGGAAGCAAAGGAUGUGACAGCCACUUCCAAACCUCCAUAGACCAUCACAGUCUACCUGGCUUUUGCUUGGGCCUGAAUAUGUUGGACACCAUCCAGACUGCAAUCCUGGAAGGAGGCAGGAAUGUGUUCCUUACACUUCCCAAACUCACUUCGGAGGAGAUCCUUGGCAUCUGGGACACUGUUUCUGGGUUUGUUGAAAAGCAGCUCUCCAUGAAUAAGGGUGUCUUAAUACCAGGGCUGGGGACAUUUUCCUUCUUCAGACAAAAGUUUGAAGUUGGAGGUUGCAAGCCCCGCAUCAUACAGCGGCCUGUUUUCCUUCUAUCUGAGAAACUUGCACAGGUCCAUGGACUGAAGAUGAAUAAAAUACACACUCCAGGUGAUAUCCCAAUUGUUCAUCUGAAUUUCAUUGUGUUGUCCUUGGAGGGCCCGUUUAACAGGGAGAUUGUGGAAGGAUGCAUCCGAGAGACACUCUUGUCUUUCUCACGGUCUAUUGCCACCAAGCAGCCGGUUGAGUUCACCUUCAAAGGAAUUGGCGUUUUGAUCGUUCGGGACAACAAGGUGAAGAUGAAGUUUUACAAAGACUUCCUGCAGGCCAUGGAUGGAAGUGGGCGUCUUCUCAAAGCUCUUUCAAAUAGGCCUGGGACAGGAGAUUCAGUGUUGUCAGGCGGUGAUGCUUCUUCUCCACGUUCACGCUCCAAUAACAUUGUUGUGUUUCCAAGGAUUGAAGCAAAAGAGAUGGAAACCAUCACUGAAGAAGGUGAAAUGCCCAGCAAAGAAAAGGACCAGUCAGAGAAAGAGAACAGCAAAAAAGAAAACCUUUCACCAAGGCGCCUCCUCUCUCGCCAAGCAAUUACUCCAGCCAAAGUUUCUGGAGUCAGUCUGACUGAAGACCUUGAGAAGAUUCUUAAGGCCAAAACCUCUGGAGCCAGUCUUCCUGAAGAAACGGAGAAGAACCUUAAGUCCAAAGUCCCGGUAGUCAACCUCCCUGAAGAAUUUGAGAAGAACCUUAAGCCCAAGCCUCCCUCUGCAAGGCAACCGGUACCUGCUUCUGAUAUCCCAAAGACAGAACAAGAAGCCAUUCCUGCCCCGGUUCCUGCCCCCAGAUCUCCAUCACCUAUUUGUCAAGAUCAUGGUAGGGCAGGACAGGAAAUGUGUUACUUGUGCCUGCAGCGAGCUCAGAGGAGCAUCCCUUUGCAGCUGACCGAAGAACGAAGGAAGAAAGACAAGGCAGAAGACUGCAUCCUGGCACAAUAUCAGUCCAUGAAAGACCAGGAAGCCCUUCAGAAGCAGCUGAUGAAAGACAUGAUGAGCCGAGAACAGAGCCAGAAAAUUGCAGCAUUCAACCUGGGGAUUUCUGAAGCCAUCCGACAACACAAAAGUGAAAAACCUCCAGAAGCCUAUAAGUCCUACAUUUUUGAGAAGAGGCCACUUAGUUCCACUCCUCAUCAAAAGCAAGAAGUGUAUGGACAACAGCUGGGGAAACAACUGGAGGACAAGGAGAUGAGGGAAAAGAAAGAGAAGCGAGACCAAGAUCUCAUUGACCGCCUGGAGCAUGUGCAGCUGGCAGAAGAGUUAGCUGCCCAAAGAGCAAAAUUCCUGAAGGAGAAGAUGGAAGAAGUGCAAGCUUAUAAGAAGGCUUUGGACAUACAGGUUAAGAUGAAACCAGCUCCUUUACCGGAAUAUGUACCCAAUUCAACUGAGGUCAUCUUCGGAAAGUACGAUAUGAACAAUGAGAAAAUGGCAGAGAGAAGGAAACGAGCCCAGGAGUAUUUCAAACACCAGUUGCAGGCCGCUGCAGAUCACCGGCGGGCAGCGAUACUCAGCCAGUUGGUCGACCAAAGGAAAGCGGCAGAGAUGAUUCAGAAAGCAAGGAAGCAGUGGAUGGCUGAAAAAGGAGCACGGAUGGAGAAGAUCUUCCAGAUGAAUUUGGCCUUGCAAGAAGAUUGGCGGAAGAGUGCGAAAAUGAAAAAGCAAAGGGAUUACGAAGAGAAACUCUUCCAGCGGACUGGUGACAAGCUCCUGCUCUUGGACCAAUGUGCGAGGUUCCGUCAUUGCUACCGAUGCAAGAGGAGCAUAGGCACCUGUGGGGAAAACAAUGCAUGGACAGAUACAAAAUACGUCCCUGGAUCCCGGCUAGUUGUUUGAAGCAAUUUCAUCCGCAACUUUCUUUCUCCACUUCUUUGUACCUAUAUAAAAACAUUGUUGAUCUUUUCUCUAAGAAUAGAAUUCUGUUCACUUUGCUGUGCUUGUGAUUCAGUCCCUGUUGCUUUCUGACUCAGGAUUUGCGUCUUCUACGUUUGAGAUAUUAUUGUGCAGAAUUAUGUUAAAUUAAAAAUAAAUAAAUAA